GUUCAGAGACUGGACGACAUCUUAGAUCAAGUGACUUGCCGGUUAGUUGUGAUGGCCCGACCCUGAUGUUAUUUCUGUGAUUUCGAAGAAGGAAUGGCCGAAGAUGAUGGAAGACGUAGACACCUUCCCUUUCUCUGCCCUCCUUCCGCCUUCAACAUCAAGGUCGCUCUUUCCUCCGUUGUAUGCUGCUCCUCCUCACCUCAGAGAAGGUACCAUCCGCCUCGACAAACUCGUGGCAAGCACCUACUGUCAUCUGACGACACCACCUCGACAAUUCCGAUUUUUACCAUUUCAGGGAUUCGGCCAGAAGUUGCUUCCUCCUCUUCCAACCUUGGGACCGCGAAUCACCUAAUCAUCUUUUCCUUUCCUUAAUAUACCAUCAAUCCACGUCACCAAAGCACCAAGUCGCAGGUCAUCCACGCCAUCUCCCGCCCUCAUAAGUCCCGAAUACGAAUCGAGACACAAUGUGUACCGAAACCAUUGCCCUUUGCGAAAGCUGCGGUCUCCACAGACACAUGCACUACCACCGCUGCACAGCCUGGCUCUGGUCCUACCGCCAAAUCAAAUGGACCUUCACCACCCCUCUCUCCUCGACCCCGAAACCCAAAAACUGCCCCUUCCUCGACGGCGAGGUCAAGACCGAGAUCCACCCGGGCAGAUGUCCCAACGCGGCGUGCCCAGGCCAUAAGCUCAGAGACGCCCUGGACUUGCAAGCGGCCGCGGACGGGACGUUAGACAGAAGAACGGACGAGCAGAAGAUUGACGCGCAGAGGAUCAAGAUGGGGCUUAAGAGGCGACCUGGGCCGGUGCAGGCGUUUCGAGAGCCGUUGGAGGUGGGGAGGCCGCAUCAGAAUCGGGUGCCGGUUGUGAUUACGGAUGGGAGGCCCGAUGAGGGACUGGGAGUUGUGAGAGGACGGGGGAAGCGGGUGGAGGGGAUGGGUUUGGCGGAGAUGGAGACGGAGGAUGAGGGGGCUAUGGCUGUUCCGUCGCCAGGUCCUGCUGCAAGGGUGCCUGUGAGGAGGCAGAGGGCAUUUCAUGGUCCGAUGAUGAGGCCUCAUUGAUCGGGGUUGUUGGGACACAUCGGGGGCUCAUCGACUUGACGGCACGAUACUACGAAUUACGAGCGACGAGAAACGAAUGACGACAAAACGGACUGGAAAGGGACUGAUAACAGGAACUGAUGAUGGGAGGAAGUUUCCAUACUAUAGCGCUGAUCGGAAGAGUUUCUCUUCACUUUAAUAAUGAGCGCCGAUUGCUCAAGAUCAUGAGAUUCC